AUGGGGGAAUCAGGUGAUUUUGUUGGAGGCACUUGUCUUGAGAUCUAUGUGAAGAGGUUCUCAAUGCAUUUGAGAGUUUUUGCCCCAUGUGGUGGUCACAGGUUGAUUAAAAUGGGCCAAACCAUGAGUGGAUUGGGAAAUGGUAACACAAUCCGGUUUUGGAUUGAUGAAUGGCUUCCAAAUAUUGGUUGUCUCAUUAUGACUGAGAUAAAGGGGUGCAUGAUUAUGAAGUUCAUUUGA